GAAGUUUUUCAUCAGUGAAGCAUCUAGCAACCGAACUCAAUAACACUUUAACUCAUAAAACCAUUCUACUAUCAUCAUGGUUUUAGUCGCUAUUCAAUCCGUUAAAUUUCCCGACCGCUACGUUUCCCUCGACGGACGUGGUGUCACUAGCUUUACUGGCCCUGGUGGUGGCAAAAAUAACGACAACACUGUGUCCUUCAACUCCACAGUCUUCGACAACGUCUUCCUCCGCCUUGACGGGGCUGGCGUUGCCCAAGGCGAGACCCUUGCCAACGGAGGGGGCGUUGUCAACGCCCAGUACACGGCCAACACCUUGGAGAAAUUCAGGAUUCAGAAGAAGGUCGAUGGUUCUGGAAAACACUACGGCAUUGUUGGCAUUGAGUCCCUUUCCUACGUUUGGAGAUAUUUGAGAUUGGAUGGUGCGGCGAAUAAGGUCAAUGUGCAGGGUGUGUUCGGGACCAACGAGGAGUUUAGAAUUUUGGUCGUUGGUAAAUAGGUUGAUAUGUGUAGCUUUGGACUUCUAUGAAAUUUGUGUAUGUGCC